AUGUCUUUUAUCAACACGUUUCACUUAUUCACUGGUUUGUUAACUUUCAUCAUGAUCAAUGGUUUUAAAAUCAACUGGGCCAAUGCAUCAGUGACCUAUUGCAAAUUUCGUGCAUUCUAUGUUCAGACAUGUAUAAUGAUAUCUUUAUCAUGCAUGUGCUUGGCGACAGUCGAUCAGUUCUUGGCAACGCAGUCUAAUGCUCUCUGGCAUCGACUCAACAACAUUAAAGUAGCUCGGUCGGUUGUCACAGGCAUAGCUGUAUGUGUAAUCACAUAUUGUAUUCCUUUACUCGUAUAUUAUGGUCAUACAACAUCAAGCAGCACAGGUCAAGCAAUUUGUGACAUUACAAAUAAUGUCUUUGCAAGUUAUCGUAUUUUUAGUACUCCUUUCCUCAUAGGUUUUAUUCCAUUGCUCAUUAUGAGUAUAUUUGGCCUGUUAGCAUACUGGAACGUUCAGCGAAUAGCCUAUCGGACAAUACCGUUAGUUCGACGUGAGUUAGACAAACAGUUAACAUCAAUGGUCCUUAUUCAAAUUUUCUACAAUGUUCUUGCUAUCACACCGGUAUUAAUCGUAGGCCUUUAUUAUUUUAUCUUAGACAAAACACUCGAUACAUGCAGUAAAACAAUAUUAAAUAUUCUCUUAAAUCUGUUAACCGUUAUUUAUUAUUUUUACUAUGUGGUGAGGUUCAUUCUAUAUCUACAUAUGUGUAUCGAAAAGAUUCCGUCAACAACUGAUCUAUGUUUUAUUUACAGUGCACGCGAAUCGUUUGUGUCAAAACAAUAA